AUGCCCACAGCCAAGCGGCAGAAGAAGAGCGGCGAUGCUCAAGCUGCACCGUCUACCCGAUCCAAAACAAAGGCUCCAGGCGAUCGCCCGACCGUCGCCGAUAUCGAGGGCGAGAGCUCUUUUGCUCAAUUAGCAAAGAAGCACUGGCUCAAGGCUACUAAGAAGCCAGCCAAGGUCAAGGUCAAGAACGAUGUUUUGAAGCAAGACAUUUGGGAUGUUUUGGAGCAUGAUGGCUUCCCGUAUAAGUCGAUCUUGACAUUGGAAAGCUUGCAGACACUGGAAAGUUGGCUAUGGCCUGGAUAUACAGAAGAAUCGUCCAAUCACCACGUUUUGUUGGUGGUUCUCCUCGUCAAUGCGAAGCGCCGCGAGCAGCUUGAGGCUUGGAGCAUAUUUGAAGAUCGACCCGACGAUUUCUCCAGUCUAUUCCGCCGAGUUCUUUCGAUGACACUCGACCAGACACUCUCACCUACGAUUAGAACCCACCUUUUGUCUUUCUUGAUUUCAGCGUUCCAGAGUCUCGACUGUGCUAUCGUGAGAAAGGAGUGCGCGCCGUUGGUCUCUAUCUCGAUCUGGCACAACUUGUCAACGGAGGAGCUGCGGGAAGAAAAGCUCGACCAGAAUCCCCAUGUGCGGAAAGCAUGGCGGGCCGCUGGAAAGAGAUACGAUGCUGCUGACGAUGCCACGAAGGCAAAGCUGCGAUUCGAUCGGUCAUGGUUGUACACUUUGAUUCUGCAUUUCUUGAGUUUGAUCUAUACAGAAAACGCAAAGCCAGAUCAGGUUCUCUACUGCGAACGCCUCGUCGAGUUCUUGACCGACUUGCAGAGCCAGCUCCCAACUCGGCGCUACGUUAAUUCUCUACUGAUCGAUCUGCAUGUUUUGUCUGCCAUGAGGCUGUCUCCCAUGUUCAAUGACGAAGACAGAAGCCUGCUGCGAGAUCUCCAUGUACUUCUCCGUCACUACACGUAUUUCACGAUUGAUGACCAAACGGGCGCGCAGCUCAGCCGGACAGAAUCUUACGACAAGCAUUGCGCAAAUCUGUCACGACUACAGAAGGUGGCGCUAAAGCAUUUCAAAGACAAGCUUACGGUGCUUGCAUUAUCGAACUAUGGUUCCAUCGACAAAAGGGAUGAGCUCUCGAGCCUGUUGGAACCCUUGAUCGACGAAGAGAUAGUGGAAUUGUCACGGUUGCUCCGUCUUCGGACCACUUAUCCUGACUCCUUCAAGAUGAACAUCGACAGGACAUUCCUCAUCGAGGUUAUUCUGACCACGUUUGAGAGGCGGAAGACUUUCCAAGAAGUAGCACGUGGCAUGAGCCUGGUCCCAACUGAACAGUCUCUCUUUGAGAACAACAUCAUGAGGACCGAUGAUUACAAUGGUUCUCACCCACUUGCUCUACCGAAACUCAACCUUCAGUAUCUGUCUGUUGGUGACUUUCUGUGGAGGUCGUUGGUCUUGUACCGCGCCGAGUCCUUUUACGGCAUUAGAAAAGACGUGGAGUCAGCCAUCCGACGUCUUCGCCCCGAAAGCCGCAGACCCGGGGAGACGACUUUCCAAGGCUUCUCCAAGAUGGCAUUGCCGACAACAAAACCAUCCAUCCUCGAAGUCGCUCCGGCGCUCGUAGGUGAUGAUAAGCCAUCUUUGGUUCGGGCAGAGAUCUCGAUUGAUGUCCGUCGUUUGAAUGACGGUAUCAGGCGCGAGUGGGAUUCUCUACGAACUGACGACGUGGUCUUCCUUGUUGCUGUUCAGGCACCCGUUGCUAACAGCAUCACCAACGGAGACGCUUCACGUUCUGAGGCUGAAAAGCUUGGAAUUAUCUCCAUCCGGUCGGCUGAAAUCAUCCAGAUCACAGACGAUAAGGGCAAGGUCGUGCGUCCUGGUUCUGCUUAUCAAGAUAACCGGCGGAGGCUGCAGUUGAAAUUGGAUUCCAGAACGUACGCUUUGGAUGCUGAAAAAUCAUCAGCAAACCCUCCCGAGGCCUAUGCGAAGGUCAAUUUGAUCAUGCGCCGUAGCGGAAGGGAAAACAACUUCAAGCCAGUUUUGGAGUCUAUCCGUAGCUUGACGCUUUCCGAAGUUCCAAUUGCCUCGUGGAUUCAUGAAGUCUUCCUCGGGUACGGCGACCCAGCUGGAGCGACGUACAAGCAGUUGCCGAAUCGAAUUAAGACGAUCGACUACCGCGAUACUUUCUUGGACUGGCAGCAUCUUACGGGGAGCUUGCCCGGAAAGAUCGUUGAGCCAAGCGACGAUGUCACCGGGAGCUUUGGCCCGCCUUACGUGCUGAAAACGGCCGAAAAACCGAUCGUCGAGCCACCGUCAAAACCCUCCAAAAAACGCCGCCGUGGUGUUGAGCCGGCCUUGCUAGCAGAUGUUGAGACUGUCAAGGUGUCGACCUACAAACCUCCGAACAUGGGCCCUUAUCCCGUCGACGCACCGAAGCUGAACACGGUGCGCUUUACUCCCUCGCAAGUAGAGGCAAUCACUUCAGGAACGCAGCCCGGGCUUACGGUCAUCGUGGGUCCGCCGGGUACGGGAAAGACAGACGUUGCCACACAAAUCAUCAAUAACAUCUACCACAACUUCCCGCAGCAGAAGACGUUACUCAUCGCACACAGCAAUCAAGCCCUGAAUCAAUUGUUUGCGAAGAUUGUGGCCCUCGACAUUGACGAGCGCCAUCUUCUCCGCCUUGGGCAUGGCGAAGAAGAGCUCUACACUGAGGGCAACUUCAGCAAACAUGGAAGGGUAGAAUCUUUCUUGGAGAACCGAGAUCGAUAUCUGCAGGAGGUCAACCGUUUGGCCAUCAGUCUCGGAGCCCCAGGCGCCCAUGGCAAUUCCGCUGAAACUGCUGGAUACUUCAACUCUGUUUAUGUCGAGCCAGCGUGGGCAAAGUUUACUGAAGUGACCAAGGACGGGGAACUAAGUGCUGCCAACAUUGUCGCUGCCUUCCCCUUCCAUCGCUUCUUCUCAGAUGCGCCUCAACCACUCUUCCCAACAGACGCCGACCGGGACAUAGUUCUCGAAAUCGCCAUUGGAUGUUACCGUCACAUUGAGAAGAUCUUCUCCGAACUGGCUGACGCGAUACCGUUCGAGAUCCUGCGCCGUGAGAAAGACAAGGCAAACUACUUGCUCACUAACGAGGCUCGCGUGAUUGCCAUGACAUCGACUCAUGCAGCUAUGAGGCGGGCAGAGAUUGCGUCUCUUGGUUUCCACUACGACAAUGUGGUCAUGGAAGAAGCUGCGCAAAUCACCGAAAUUGAGAACUUCAUCCCGCUGGCGAUGCAGAAGCCCCAGAAUGGACAAAUGGCUCUGCAAAGAGUUGUCCUCUGCGGUGACCAUUUCCAGAACUCUCCUGUCAUCCAGAGCCUAGCUUUCCGCCACUACACAAACCUUGAGCAGUCUCUGUUUUCCCGACUCGUUCGUCUUGGGGUACCCACAAUCACGUUGGAUCAACAAGGAAGAGCUCGUCCAUCUAUUGCCAGCCUUUACUCGUGGCGGUACCCCAAACUGGGCAAUCUGCCACAUGUUGAGAGUGAAGGCGAGUACACCACGGCGAAUGCGGGCUUCAAAUACGACUACCAGUUCAUCAAUGUCCCUGACUACAAAGGUCGUGGAGAGACAGAGCCUACACCCCAUUUUGUUCAGAAUCUGGGAGAAGCAGAGUAUGCGGUCGCUGUCUACCAGUACAUGCGUCUACUAGGCUAUCCUGCCUCAAAAGUCAGCAUUCUCACGACAUACGCUGGGCAGCGAGCCCUGGUAAAGGAUGUCUUAGCCCACAGAUGCGCUAACAAGGCGAUCUUUGGCAUGCCCAAGGUUGUGACAACCGUGGACAAAUACCAGGGCGAGCAGAACGACUACGUCAUUCUGUCGCUGACCCGUACAUCGAAAGUUGGAUAUUUGCGAGACAUUCGCCGCAUGACAGUAGCACUUUCGCGUGCGCGUCUAGGCCUCUACAUCCUUGGCCGUCGUGAGACCUUCGAGGCUUGUUAUGAACUUAGACAGGCGUUCGAGCAGCUUCUGGCUCGCCCUGAUAAACUCAUGCUAGUUACCGGCGAAUUAUGGCCGGCGGACAGACAGUUUGCUGGUAUCGCAAAGGACGCGGUACCUGGGGAGGUCUGUAUGGAAGGAGUGGAGCAUCUUGGGCAGUACGUGUAUGAGAUGACCAACACCAAGGUCAAGCAAAUACAGGCGGAGGGUACGAUGUCUGGUGGGGUCGAGAUGGAGAUACAAGAGACCCUUCUGGACGACGUUGAAGAGGUGGCAGAGGAAGACGAUGACGUUGAGCCCCAGGAUGCUGAGGAAGCCGAAGCGUGA